GGCUUGGCAGUCACUCUCCAUUCGGCAUACAAACAAUUGCACAAGGAUCAGUCAUUCAGUUUUCCACAGCCUGUCCACAUUGAAUUAAGAUAGCUGGGAUCUGAGCUGGUAUGCAAACCAUUGUGCUGCUGGUAUGGGUACUGGGAGCAUCACUGGCACUGCCAGACCCAGACAAACCAGACAAGCUUGGAGCUCAACAUGUACUGCAGUGCUCGGAACUUUACACAAGUACCGACCGACAUGCCCCCGUCAACUCACUCUCUUUGGAUGGAUGGAAAUUUGUUCACCUCCCUCCCAGCAGCAUCUUUCAGGGAUCUAACCAAUCUGGACUUUCUGAAUCUGCAGAAUGGUCAACUGAUGACCCUUGACCCUCAGGCUUUCAAAGGCCUCAGGUCCCUUGCGCACAUCCAUCUUGAGCGAAAUCGAAUCCGGGCUUUACCAGGCACAAUCUUCCAGAACACACCUAACCUAGCGUCACUUAGUCUGCAUAACAACCAGAUAAGUCGUAUUGAGGAAAGACUCUUUUCUGGGCUGUCGCACAUGUGGCUUCUUAACUUGGGCUGGAACUCCCUGACAGUCUUACCGGAGACGGCUUUCCAUGACCUACAAGGUCUGCGGGAGCUCAUUCUGGCAGGAAACAGACUUGCUUACUUGCAGCCACAGCUCUUCCAAAACCUUGCUGAGCUUAAAGAGCUAGAUCUGACAGGGAAUUACCUAAAGGUCAUUAAAGCCAAUGUAUUUGUAAAACUCACUAAACUGCAGAAACUCUAUUUGGCCCAAAAUCAGAUUGUGACCGUGGUACCCCGAGCUUUUAUGGGCAUGAAGUCGCUCAGGUGGCUGGAUAUGACGAAUAACAAGCUGACCUCCCUCCACGACGACACGUUCUUGGGCCUCCACAGUUUGCAUGUACUGCGUCUUUCCAACAACUCUAUCAAUGCUAUUAGGCCCAGGACUUUCCGUGACCUGCAGUACUUGGAAGAACUACGACUCAGCUACAACAGAAUCCGGGCUCUGGGAGACAGGAUCUUUGAAGGGCUUAGCCACCUCGAGGUCCUCGAACUCGAACACAAUCAAGUGCAGGAGGCACAAAUGGGUAGUUUCACAGGCUUGUCUCAUGUGGCUGUCAUUAACCUGUCAGGGAGCUGCUUUCCCAGCCUGCCAGACCAAAUGUUCAAAGGUCUGUCAAAGCUUCACAGCCUACAUUUGGACAGAGGCUGCCUAACAAGGAUCACAGCUCAGGCUUUCACUGGACUCUCCGGUUUACGCAGGCUUUUCCUUCAACACAACAAUAUCUCUGUGUUGGAGUAUCGGAGCUUUGUGGAUCUGGUAGGCCUACUGGCACUGGACUUGAGCUUCAAUAAGCUGGACGUACUUCCAACCAACACUUUCUCUGGCCUCAAGAAUUUGGAGUACUUGCUGUUGUCCAACAACGAAUGUAGACAGUUUCUGCAGAACGGAACGAAGCAGUCACUUCCAAGGCUCCGUUAUUUAGAUCUGAGGGCCAACUCCUUGGCAAACAUGGUCCCUAAUUUCUCUGAGAGCAUGGAAAAACUUUUGCUAUCAGGAAACCGGUGGAAAUGUGACUGCAGCGUACUCACACUCAGAAGCUUCAGUUUGAGGAACCCUAUGGUGGUACCUCGGCAAGUGGAGACCCACGCAGAGGGGGAAGAGCCUGACACAACCAUCACCAUAUAUAACAACAUCACAUGCACCAGUCCAACACGUCUAGCUGGUCAGGACCUUCGGGACGUGGAUGGGGAUUUCUUUCAAAGCUGCUAA